CACCUCAAAUUUUAGCCUUUGCAUUUCAUGAAAAUCCUACGGCAAUGAUUUUUUGGAUUAUCUGGUUAAGCGUAGUGGCGAUAUCGGUCAAAUGUGAGCCUCCAGUUAACAGCUACCUGCCACCAUCUGCCGGUGGUGGUAGCCGACCUUCAGCACAAUAUGGACCUCCUAGUGCAGGUAGUCCAAUAGGCGGUGGAAAUCGUCUGGGAUCGGGAGGGUUUCGAAAUCAAAAUCAACUUCAAGACACUUACCUACCUCCCGGGCAAACCGGCCAGUCCAGUCCAGACACCCAAUAUGGUCCACCGUCUUCUCAAGGAUUUGGGCAAGGAAGGGGUCCUCAUAGAGGGUUCGGAUCGCAGGCACAAGGUGGUUUUAACCAAGACCAGAGAGGAAGAGAUUUGAAUGCGCCGAGUCAACAAUAUGGAGCUCCUGGUCAAGGUGGCCCUGGAGGCAUACAAUCAGGCAAUCGACCUUUCAGUGCUGGCAGUGGUAACGAAAGACGACAACCGCAAUCUACUUAUGGUCCACCGGAUAGAGGGCAAAGUCUAGGAGGUGGUUCUCCUGGAAGAGGUGGAUUGGGACAACGAGACCCAGGUUUUGGUCAACCCCCUGAAAGUUCAUAUGGGCCACCGCCAACAGGAGAUUUCCAGUCUUCUGGUGAUGGUUCUAGAGGCCAAUCACCUAGUCAACGUGGUAGACCUCAAAGACCAGAUUCAAGUUAUGGCUCUCCAAAUGCUGGUAAUUCUCAAAAUGAAUUCAGUGGAAGAGCUUCAGGUGGCCGCCCUUCAUCAGAAUAUGGCACACCUAGUUUUGGUAGUGGUGGUAGUGGUAGGGAAUUUGGCGGUCAAGGUCCUGGAUUUAGUGAAGGCGAAUCUGAUGAGCCAGCUAAAUACGAGUUUAGCUAUGAAGUGGACGACGCGGAGACAGGUACUAAAUUUGGUCAUUCUGAACAACGGGAUGGUGACCUGGCCACCGGGGAAUAUAACGUAGUGCUGCCUGAUGGCAGAAAGCAGGUGGUCGAGUACGAGGCCGGCCUCCAGGGAUACAAGCCUCAGAUUCGAUACGAGGGUGGCAGAGGAGGUUCAGGGUCUGGGUUUGGUCGAGGUGGUUCAAGGCCUCAAAGUCAGGGAUAUACUCAAGGUGAACCGGGUGGGGGUUUCUUUGGCAGUACCAAUGACAUUGGUUACCCGCAACGAUCAGAAGGCGACGGUCAACGAGGUCCUAGUCGUUACCAACAGCAAGAAUCGUUUGGUCAAGGUACACCGUCGCAAGGAACCCAGGGAAUGGGAUAUUCAAUCGGGGGGCCAGGCGGAAGAGAUGGAGCAGGACGGGGUCCUAGUAACUUCGCUGGCGGUGUUCGCGGACAAGGUGGCGAAGGGUAUCCUUCUGGCAGACCUGGAGACAAUGGCAUAGAAAAUUUCAAUGGUGGCGAUAGGGGAUAUCCCAGUGGUGGCCCCCAAGGAGAUAGACCUUUCGGAGGUGGAUCGCAAGGAGGAAGAGGAUUUUCAACAGGUGGAUCUCAAGGAGGGGAAAGAGGUUAUCCAAGCAGUCCUCAAGGGGCUGACCAAGGGUACCCCAGUGGUGGCCCGCAAGGUGGGAGAGGCUUUGGAGGUGUAGGGUCUUCUGGAGAUGACCGAAGUUUUGGUAGAGGUCUACAAGAAAGUGACAGAGGUUUUUCUGGUGGGCGUCAGCAAGGUGGAAGCGGUUACCCUAGUGAACCGCAAGGGGGUCGUAAAGGUUUCGGCAGUGGGUUGCAAGGUCGAAGCUAUCCAGGAGGCCGAGAUCCAGGCGGAGACGAAGGUUAUCCUAGUGGAGGACCCAGUGGUCAGCGAGGUUCCGGCUUUUGAAUUAAAUAAAUGACGACUUCUCAAUAAACAUGAGCGAUGUAA